UGUCCAAUUAAAAUAAUACAAAAUGUAUUUGAGCUCUUCGGCAUCAUUGUUCCCGACAGGGCUUAGAUCAUUUGCGAAAGCAGCACUUUCCAGUUUAUUUACUACAAAAUACAAAAUCUUAAGACGUCGAAACAAGCCUUUUUUUCUAAAUAGCAUGUCGAGUUCCGCGUCUUCUACUUUAUCCUAUCUUUCACAAGAACAAGCAACAAAAGUUGACCAACUAUUGAUGGGACCUGAGUAUUCGUUUGCUGUCGAACAGCUAAUGGAGCUGGCGGGUUUGGCAGUUGCGUUGGCGGUUGCCGAACAAUAUCCGUUAUCUUCCUCUGGUCGCUCUCACAUUUUAUGUGUCUGUGGUCCAGGAAAUAAUGGAGGUGAUGGUUUAGUAGCAGCAAGGCAUCUCUUUCACUUUGGCUACCAAGUUAGUAUUCUAUAUCCAAAGAGGACUGAAAAGAGCCUGUUUGGGUCUCUGGUUAAACAACUGGAAGCUUUGGAUAUCCCUAUUCUCUCAGCUUGGGAACAAGCCAAGAAACCUGACGUUAUCAUCGACGCUAUAUUCGGUUUCUCUUUCCGAGUUGACCCUUCAAAAUCGUCUAAGGAAGCAAUUCGUCCUCCGUUUUUUGAUAUUAUUCAAUCUAUUAAAGCAUCGAAUGCCCAAAAAGUAUCAGUAGAUAUACCAUCGGGAUGGGAUGUAAAUGAAGGCGACAUUUAUCACGUUGGUUUUAUUCCAGAUAUGCUUGUUUCUUUAACAGCCCCAAAACAAUGUGCCUUGUCGUUUUCUGGUAUGCAUUACGUUGGUGGUCGUUUUAUACCUCCGAAGCUUGCGCAAGAAUUGGGCUUUGUUGCUCCUCAGUUUGAAGGAACGAAACUCGUGAAGAGAAUUCAGUAAAGCAAGUGUUCGAUUGGUUGGACCGGAAUUCCACAGAAGCCCAUUGAAUAAUUUAUGUUUCAACUCAACACGAGUAAAUAGCAACACUAAGAGGGCUUUGAUUUCAUUGACUGGCUUAAGAUCAUCUUAGUGUAUAGCUGUUGCUUGUAUUUGCAAAGUUCAACUUGUUUCCUAGAUAAUUCUGUAAACCAUUUUAGAAAUUUAUUUUCUUUCAUCUUCCUAUGUAUUAAGAGUCAUAGUUUAGGUAUAAAUACUCGCAUUGUUUUCAACUUCAACGAGACAAACAUUGCCUAUGCGUAACUGAGCAGAAAUGCAAGUACUGAAUUAUUGUUGCCAUUCAAUUGACUGCAAUGAACAAGUGUCAAAAGAUACUAUACUGUUGUGCAUAAAGUCCCCAUAAAUCCU